AUCUUUCAAAUCAGCACCAACAAUUGGCAGCGUCAGGGCGAGUUUGCCCCGGGCAGUGGCAUUCUUCAUGCCUCUUUCCAUCAGACCAUGAAUAGUAUCUCGACAUCCCGACUGCCACGUGAGUUUCAACGCCGGCAAAACUCAUGUAGAACUUCAGCCCUCUUCGGCUCACCAGGACCCGGAGCCUUGUGGCGCAAUGCACGAUCAGUGCAGUGGGGCGCAUGGGCUGAGGCGUGGGCGCGGUGACCAACUCACAGGGACUGGCGUGGUUCACAGCAUUCUCUCCAGCUCCACUUUGUUGGGUGCAGAGGCUUAUCCUCUUCCAAACUUCUUGAAAGACUUCGAAGCAGCGAAGAAAGAGGCCGCUGAAGCCCGCGCCGCGCGCGGCGAAGCCAGUGGCGGCGAGAGUUUGUCGGCGCUGGGCUGUCGCCCGAGGAACACCUCGAGGCAGUCCGAGCGAGCUUGCGAGGCCUUGCACGCGAGGUCAUUGAUUCCGCCGAGGAAGAGCCGACCACGCCCUGACUCCUUUGAUGGGCUUUGGGGCCACAGAUUGGCGGCCAAGACCAUAGCAAAAACCUGA